UGUACAUUAUCACUGGACAUUAUGUAAUCAAUGUUAUCUAGUAAUUUGUUGUGUAAUUAUACUUAAUUGUACAUAUAAUGGAUAACAGCAACACGGAUGCAGCAAAUAGUCUGCAUGAUUUUCCAAAUACAGUAGCAUUAGUGGAAAGAAAUAUUAUGCCACAAGGCAUAUCAUUAGUUGAUCCAGCCGCUGUAGCAAAAUCAAGUAAGCAGGAUUUAAUGGCACUGGUUACGGAAAUUGAAAAGGCAGAUAACUGUGUAAGAGCUAAUGCAUGUAACAAAUUACAAGUGAUCACAGAACAGAUUAGAUUUUUGCAAAGACAGGCUGAGGGUAUUUUGUUGGAAGCGGAACGGAACGCUAAGUUGCAUCAUGUAUCUUGCAAUUUCGUGAAACAACCUGGUCACAUCUAUCAUUUGUAUCAACGAGAAUCAGGACAGCGUUAUUUUUCCAUGCUUACCCCAGAAGAAUGGGGUAGUUCGGCUCCUUCACAGAAUUAUAUGGGUUCGUUUAGAUUAGAACAAGAUCGCUCCUGGACCCCACUGUCUCAACUACAGGCGAAGAAUGAUGAAUUGAAAUUGAUCGGAAAAUUCUUACCUUCCGAUACAACUGCGAACACUUUUUUACAAUCUGUCAUGUUAAGUACUAGCAUGUAACGUAAUUAAUAAAUUUAUAUUGUUAAGUAAUGAAAAAUGC